CUGGGUCCUCUCUUAAUAAAGUGUAUCGCUCAUUAUUUUUACUUUCCUGUAUUUAUUUUUUGAAAUAAAAGUUUGAACUAUACUGAAGAAACUAUAUAUAAUAUCCACGUGAUUAUCAGUAGUAAUCGCACAAUGAAAGAACAAAUUUUAGAGCCCGAAAAGUGCCUUGAAAUCAUCAAGAAAAAAAUGUGUUUGGAUUCUGUGAACGGUUUUUCCUAUACCUAUGAAUUUAAACCUCCAAAGGAAUCUUCAGGGUUAUUGGGACAGUACUUCAAUCUGAAAGUGAGACUUGUAAAACGAAACUCAUCAGAAGUACAAAAAUUGAAUUUCUUUAUUAAGAUGUUUCCUAAGAAAGGAGUCCAAUAUAAUUUUGUCAAAGCGAGUGGGUGUUUUGAAAUAGAACUUGGCCUCUACGAGAAAAUAUUUCCAAAAAUUUUGACUUCAAAGGAGACAAAUUUAGUUCCUGCAUGCUUCCUGUGUCAAAAAGAUUUUGCUCUGGUUUUUGAAGAUAUGACCUCUCAAGGAUAUAGGAUUCUGGACAAGUUUCAGUAUCUCCAACUGGAGCAUUUUUUAAUAAUUCUCAAACAUAUUGCACGAUUUCACGCCAAAUCGUUGAUUUUUGAGGAGAAAAACAAGAGAACAGUCCUGGAGUUGUGUCAUGCAAAUGAAGUUUUAAUUAACAAUUAUAAUAUUGGUUGUCAAACAAAUUUUAACGAAAUUUUUAAAAAUUUGUUUAUACUGGUGGAUUUAAUCCGUGAUAUUGACUCUGAAAAGAAGGAGAAAUUUAAAGCUAAGAUUGAUAGAAUUUCUUCUGAUUAUUAUGAAAAGACUUCGUUUUCGAGAAAGUCCAGAAAUGUUUUGUGUCAUGGUGAUUUGUGGAAUAAUAAUAUCUUGUUUAAAAAUAACAAAAAUGGAAAAGAUGACCAAAUUUGUUUCGUCGAUUUCCAAAUGGCAAGAUACUGUCCUCCUGCGUUCGAUCUACUAUUUUUUCUUUAUUGUACAACCUCAAGGCAGUUUCGCAAGGAACACUCCACAGAAAUUUUAUUUUCGCAAUACUAUGAGACUUUAACUGAAUGUUUAAAAGAAGCUCAAAUAGAUUUAACUGCAAUUUUUUCGUGGAAUGACUUCAUAGAGUCAAUGGCAGAAAGUAAAUUGAGUUGCAUGAUAUAUGGGUGUUCAAUCAGCUCUGUUUGUCUUCUCGGACCUGAUGCAUCAGUUCAGAUUAGCAAAGAAUCAUUGUCGAUGUCUAAAAUUCUUUGUAAAGAAUUUAGGGGAAAUGAAAAAUACAGAGAAAGAAUGCUUGAUAGUAUGUUAGAUUUGUAUGAUCAACUUAUGAAUUAAUGUUCAGUAUUAACAUGUAAAAUUCAUGCAUUAAAAAAAUCAUAAUUAUAAGUUUUCCAUGUUCAAUCCUAUUGCUAUAAC